UUCUGUCGGUAGUUAUCUAGCACUGCCAUACUAUUUUGUUUUUCAUUAGUAACACGAUUUAUCACAGACUAUUGCAAAUUUGCACAAUUUUGACCUAAAACUGACAUAAAAGCAUGACGCUGUUUGUGGUCAUCGCCCUGCUCAGCCUGCUGAACACAAUCCUGCCAGAUUUCAUAAGAAACUACCUCAAAGUGUCGCGAUUGUGGGGCGUAAGGAACUCCUCGGAAGUCCGGCAGUUGCAGACAGAAUUGGACGCCGCCCGGGAGCAGGUGGAGGUGGUGAGCAAUGCGGAGCAUUCCGGAGAGUACGCCAGGACCAUCAAAAUUAUGCGCGCCGAGCGCAAAGUGUCGGAGGCGGAGGCCAAACUGAAAGCCGCCCGGGGAAUGGAGAACUUCAUGCGGAUGAGCAUCGAUACGGCGAUGUUCUACGGAUCCAAGGUGCUGCUCUCCUUAAUAACCGUGUUUAUCAGCAUCCGGAAUCGUGGAACGCCCGUCAUGAUCAUCGAUGAAGCGAUCAGCUUGGCUCCGUUCACUGGUCUCCUCAGUUUUCCUACUGGCGUGGCCAAUGCCAUUUCUGUGCCCGCCUGGGCAUUUUCCUGCAACCUGACAUUUCGCCUCAUCUACGGCUUGGUAAAAAAUCGUGGGGCGUGAUUUAAUCUUGGCGAAAUCCCUCCUUUUCAUUUAGCUCUUAUAAGGCGCUUGAAACUAUGUACUAUGUUAUGGCUUGCUAAGCUUCAUCACGCAUUAACUCUUGAAUGUAAAGGCCCAAUUUUAUGUAAACCCAUCAAAUAAAUGUAUUUUCACACAA